GUCGGAGCAACUGCUACCGCAGGCAGGACACAGAGCGAUAACUUCGCUCGAAGCCGGGUGAUGAUGGGCUUACGACGGACGGCCGCGCCGCGGCGACGGGCAUGGUUCACGAUUUUGACGCUGUUCUCUUUGCUGGCGCUUGGAGGCACUUCUGUUGCAGCGGAGCGUAGCAUGUCCGCAGGCUCUAGACGUCGCUCCCUUGAAAAGCUCCGAGCAGCCGGAGGCUCGAAGGGGCAGGCCGGCGGGGGGGCUGUCGUGGUCGUGGACGACACCAAAUUCGACCGUUACAUCACGGGAGUUCCACGGCAGUACGAGGCGGUUGUCUUCUUCACGGCCGCCGGGGCCAACUACAAGUGCACCAGCUGCAGGGUGCACCUCGAUGAGUUCAUGACCAUGGCAGAGUCAUACCAGGCGGCGCGCGCCAACACCCCCGAGACUUUGAACGGCGUCGACGUCUACUUCUUCGUUGCCGACUUCGGCCAGAACCAGUUGCCGUUCCAAAGGCUGGGCCUCCAGACUGUCCCGAAGAUUGUGCCCUUCCCCCCGGCGCUAGCGGAGGGGGACGGCGGCCGCUACGUGAUAGACCAGUCCCAGCACAUGCACAUGGCUGGCCAGGUGAAGGCCGAAGACAUGGCGCGAUUCGUGAAGGAGAAGACCAGCGUGUCCUUCCCUAUCGUCAGGCCGGAGCCCCCGGUGAUGAUCAUCCUGGUAGGGCUGUUGGUGCUGGCCGCCCUCGCUGUCAAGCCGAUUCUCUCCAACCUGGGUGCUGUGCUCCGGGUCAUUCGAAACAAGUACCUCUGGCUCGCCAUAUCGUUGUUGGUGUACACGUUCGGUAUUAGCGGGGGCGUGUACGAUAUCAUCCGUAACCCGGCCCCGUUCAUGGUAAAGCAAGACGGGUUCAUCAUGUGGUUCCAUCCCCAGUCCAAUGUGCAGUUUGUGGCAGAGGGUUUCAUCACCGGAAUCAUGACGCUCAUGUGCGGGUUGUCGGGCAUCCUGCUGGUUCAUGUGGCGCCCAAGUUGAGAAAGAGUGGAUACCGACAAGUCGCGGUCUGUGUUUGCGGAGUGAUUUUCCUCAUGCUCUUUUCCAAGGUCAUGAGCCUGUACAAGUCAAAGAACAUGUGGUACCGCCCUGUCUUCUGACGGAAUGGCUUGUGCUUCGGAGUCGGAGCUUCUUCCAUGAUAUGUUGCUUCUUGAAUAUUUGUCCGGAUCUGUCUUGACUGGCCCGAGAAUGUGGUGUGUCCCAUGCGACACCCGAUCCCGGCGUGUGUGCUGUCUGGAGCUGGAUUCACACAUCGUGUGUCUUUGUGUUUUGUGUCUUGAAGGGGCAUCUUCCACGCUCACCAACUAACAGGCGCUCCCGAUGAUGGAGAAAAUAUUGUUUUUGAGAAAAUAAAUUUGGUCGGCUCACAACAAUUGGCCGAAACGUUUCCUUUCAUAACGCGAACGUGUAUGCAAGAUUGAACGAAGGAAAUCUAGGGUUUGAGGAGCGGGAUUGAAUCGUACAGCAGUGCAGCAGUAGCAAAGUAAGCAAGAAAUUGUGGGGGAGUUUCAUCGGGGGAUUGGAUAAGCAACAACGGCGGUGAUGACGUACUGGAGUACAAUAUCAGCACCACCAGCAGCAGCAGCAAGCAGCAACAAGAAAAGCGCACACUGCAGCUGCUCCUGUGAGACCAAGGGGCGAUCUGCCCUGGAGGUCACCGCGUGUUGUUAAAGCAGGGGUGGGCUUCGGUCAGGUGAUUGAGCGGAAAAUCCUAAAAAAUGCCAAGCCAUUCGAUGAAACAAAUUUCACGCGCAUGGGCAAAGCGGCUGCAAGGCCGGCAUGGACUGACUGCUGUUGUAUGGUCCGUUCGGGCAAAU